CUCAGUGAUGGAAACAAGCGCUGACCAUGGCGAGAAUGGCGGAGUAUUCAAAGGAUUUCAUCAUUUAAUGUUUUGAUGAUGAAAUUAUAAGGUUUAUUUAUAAUAUUACAUCAAUAUAUUUAGACGUUUAUAUGCUGACAAAUCAUUUUUAAAAACUUUAACACGGAUUUAAGAAAAUUUUGUUAGUACUGAAUUGUUUCAAAUUUUAUUUUAGUCAAAUGUUCGAAUAUUUUGUCAAGGUUCUAGCUGACCGGUUUCUACAGUUUACGUCGCUUUGAAGCACUUGAGUUUAACUGGAAGAAGAGUCGAUUAGAUUAAAAACUGAAGUAAAGGUAAUAACUUUUAUAUCACUAUGUGAAUUGAAUGAAAUAUUUGUGUUAAAUUAAACACUGUCCAGUGAGCUUGUGCAUGAAUUGAAUUCCACAAUUGAUUGAACUGAAUUGAAACCGUGCAAAGUAUAGUUAAGCGCAUUGUGAUACAAUAUUGAGCAAUUUCCUUGAGCAGGAAACCUAUCAUAUUGUUGAUGACUCUGACUGAAAGUAGCACAGAGAAUACCUACCCUGGUUUCAGUGGUAUUUAAUAAUAGCGACAAGUGCAACAACCACAUAAAAACAAUCAAUAUAACAAAACAUGCACACAAAGCAACAUGGUGAGGUUUUCAAGUGGUCAUAUUAAUACUUGUAUAAAAUCAGACGAGUGACAUGCAUACCCACCCAUCACAUUAUCAUGCAACAACAAUCAAUUAACAAACUGCCAAUCACAACACAAUUGACACAACAUGACAAGUUUUUUAAAAUAUCCACCAAUAUCUAAAUUCACAUUAUAAGACGGAAUCAUUUACAGUAAGUCGAAAAACUUGUCAGGUAUUGUUGACAUCUGUACUGAUACUAGAAUUUCUGAGGGAGAAUAUAUCUCCCACAGGACCCCCUAGAGGUCUGUCACACCUGUGGUGUGAUGUGAUGCUUAUCUGUUCAAAAACCUGUUAUCCCUCCCACUCACAAACCCCUGAAAUACCUGGAAUAAGGGUUUCAGUGCCGGAUUUACCAUAUGGCAGAAGCGGCAUAUAUGCCACGUACCCCACGCUUUUGUGGGCCCUGCGCUUACUCUCUUUUAUUUUUUUCAGAUUUUUUUGUUCCCUGUUUCAGCGCGGGGCCCAAAUAGUGCGCCAGUGCGGGGCCCCAAAGAGCCCAAGUCCCCCAGAAAAUGCUAGGCCCCAAAAAAGCGGGGCCCCAAAUGUUUUUUUUUGUUCCCUGUUUCAGUAUUUCAGCGCAGGGCCCCAAAGAACCCAAGGUCCCCAGAAAACAUCAUAGGCCCCAACUGAUUUAAGAAUCCAGGCCCCAAAAUGCAGAGUUCGUUCCCUGUUUUAGCGCGGGGUCCAAACAGCGCGGGGCCCCAAAGAGUCCAAUGCCUCCAAAAGCAAACCCCAAAAUAAAAAAAACGUGAGGCCCCAAAGUUUAAAAAGCGAGGUUCCGAAAGCAGGGCCGCAAACAAAAUUUUUUGUUCCUUCUUUGGGCGAGGGGCUCCAAAAAGCGAUCGUGAGGCAAAAAAAUCAUAUAGGGUUCAGAAAAUUUCAAAAUUUGCAGUAAACUGUUAAAUACUAAAAGAUUGCUGAAUUUUGUGGAAGGCAGCAGAGGUUUAUAUGGACACUAUCAUGUUUAGUUAUUUUUCCCCUUUUAAAUAAUAAUAAUGUUAAUAAUGGUAUAAAUUGGGUUGAAUUUCAGUUCGAUCAAAUGGACCAUUUGCAUUAUAGACUAAAUUUUGAUCUAAACAAGUCUAAUAGACAAAAAUUUCAUCACAGCUUGAAAGAGCAUCACAAAAUUAGUGAUAUUCCAAAGUUUCGUUGCGAAAUGUUGUAAAAUGCGGAUAAUAUAGCCUUGCGAAGUUUGCCGUUUUCGGUCAUUUUGCAUUACGCGGGGGAAAUUGACAGCCCAAUACCCUUUGGGGCUGUCAAUUUCCCGUUACUUUGUAAUGUAAAAUGACUGAAAAACGGCAAACUUCGCAAGGCUAUAUAUUAUCUAUAUAAUAUAUUAUCCACAUUUUACAACAUUUCGCAACGAAACAUUGGAAUAUUACUAAUUUUGUGAUGCUCUUUCAAGCUGUGAUGAAAUUUUUGUCUAGACUUGUUUAGAUCAAAAUUUAGUCUAUAAUGCAAAUGGUCCAUUAUUGAUGUAUAAUUCUUUCUUUUUUUGUAAAUACACAGGAAAUUUUUCAAUGCAUGAAAUACAAAAGGAUAUAUUUUAAUCUUACUGAAAUCAGGGUCUAAAAUGCAGUUGGGGGGUCAAGGGGCCCUGCUCCAAUAAUAUGCCACAGCCCUGAAGGGUUUCAUGAUUUUUAAUCUGGCCCUGAAGGGUUUCAUGAUUUUUAAGGACCAUGUCAAGUCUGUUCUGCGCAUCAGUUCUGCUCAUCAGUUCUGCUCAUAACAAAGGGGGACCCACAGAUAUAAACAUUGCCCAAAUUUUGCAUCUUUUGAACUUUUUUGAAUUGAAACGUACUCUAGUUUAUAUUCAUUUACAAUAUAGCGAACCAGAAAAGUGUUAAAUAUUCAGUUAGUAUGACUUAUUUUACAACUAUAGCAGUUCAAAAUGUAAACAAAGGAUUUGUUUACAUUACGGACUUGACAUGGUCUUUAAGGUUUAUUGCCAUUAUAGAUUUCACCCUAACCUCAAAUAAGAUGGAAAUCCAAUCAGAAAAUUUAAAUUAAACUUUGUCUAAUAUACAGGUUUUUCCUACUUUUCUUCAACUUUCCUACUUUUCCUAUUUUUUAUUAAAAAUUGCUUGAUUUUCCUACUUUUUCCUACUUUUUCUCAUAAAAUCCUACUUUUUUAAGACAGCUUGGGGAAUCGGUAUGUUAUAGCUCUCGUAAUUUGAUCUAUAGGACUCGUAAUUUUUAUUUCCUAUUUGUGUCCCAGAUCAUAAGAUCUCAGGAGAAGAAGUACAUUUUCCGAGUAUAAAAUUUCAUAGCAUCUCUAGAAUCAUAAUUAAUCAAUAAAUUAAUGAAGACUCCCCCCCCCCCCCCCAAUCGAAAAGAGCUUCCUACAGCCCUGAUACAUGCUCCUGUCGCAGUGUGGAUUGGUGCAUUGUGUAGCCCAAUGCAUGCAUUUAAAUUGUGUUGCUGCAGAGCAGAUGCCUUAGCUUUUAUACCUAUACAAUUUAAAAGUUUUGAGAAAAAAAUCCUGCAUAGAUGAAUGAGUACAUAAAAAUAUUGAGCACCAAAAAUUCACACAACUUCCCCAUCAGAUAUCUAAUGGUCUACCCCUUAACACAUAUAUCCUAGGUGGCCAAUUUUGUAUAUUUUUGUGUUAUUUGCAUCUCCAAAACUCCUACUUUUCUCCUACUUUUCUACACAUUUUCCUACUUUAUUCCUACUUUUCCUAAAAUUCUAGUCCUACUUUUCUCCUACUUUUCUACACAAGGAUGCCAGAAAGCCUGUACAGGGUGUAUUUAAAAAAAACUACUGAUCUGAACAGAUUUGAAGUUGCUCUCAAUUUCGCAAAACAGCUAUUAGUAUCUGGUUUUUGAUAUAUAUAUAUAUAGUUUCUUUGGGUACUUAUACAGGGCCGUAGCUUAAGACACGAUAAUGGGGGUAUAUUCAUAUAUUCAUGUUUACAUACCGUAAAAAACAAUCGAUUUCAAAAGAAAUCUGUCGGGCAGAACACGAAUAUAUGAAUAUACACACCCCAAUUAUCGUUCUAGCUACGGCCCUCACUGUACUUAUAAUGUAGAAUAAUUAUGAAAAAAAAUUCUCAAACUCAAAUUUUGUAAACCAGGGGUGGGGGGUGUUUUUCCAACAAACUAAAAAUGGCUUGCGCGUGAAAUUUAAAAGCUUUAAUCGUAUUUUGAAUUGAUGGAUGAAAAAUUUGUUGGGUUUUUAAUUACUGUACAAAAUUUCAGACCAUUUACUUUAGUUUAAGCUUUAGUUUAAACUAUUCAUUUUUUCCUAAAAAAUCAGCCUUUCGCAUGCUUAAUAUUAUAAUGCCUUUACCUAAAUUUGCAUAUUGCUGACAUAAGCAAAUUAGGCAAACGCAUUAAUUAAUUAAUUAAUUAAGCAUGCAAGAGGCUGAUUUUUUAGGAAAAAAUGUAAGUUUGUGUGAAUAGUUAAAGGGCUUAAACUGAAGCAAAUUUUCUGAAAUUUUGUACAGCAAUUAAACACCCAACACAUUUUUCACCCAAUUUUUAACUCAAAAUACGAUUAAAGCUUUUAAAUAAAAUCUUGUGCACAAGCCAUUUUUAGUUUGUUGGAAAAAAACACACACCCCUGCCCCCGGUUUUCAAAAUUUGAGUUUGAGAAUUUUUUUUCAUUAUAUUAUAAUUCUGCAUUAUAAGUACCCAAAGAAACUAUAAUAUAUAUCAAAAACUGGAUACUAAGACCACAUAAAAAAAUGUGUCCUAUUUUUAUGUGUCCUAUUUAGCUGUUUUGCGAAAUUGAGAGCAAUUUCAAAUCUGUCCAGUUUUUGUAUACACCCUGCAUAGUUCAAAUUUAUUCACAUUGAUGAUUCAAUCAACAAAUUAUCACUUUAAACCAGAGGUUUGCUUUUUACUUUUAAAGCAAGGGAAUUAAUGGAAUUUGCAGAGGUACAAUAUUUGAAAUUUAUAAUAGCACUGUAAUCUUGUAUGUGUAGCCAAAAUUACUUUGAGAUCAUUCUAAAAUGUUGUCAUUAUAUAAGCAUAAGUUCAUAACCCAUGCGAUUAUGUUUGAGAGUGCUCAAAUAUACCUGUCACGUUUUCGGAAGAGUUACUAUUUUUAGACUUUUGUAAUUUUGUAUCUUUUGUAUUUUAAACUUAACCCUACCCUAAGUCUAAUCCUAAUCUUAAUCCUAACUCUAAUCCUAACCCUAAUCUUAAUCCUUUCCCUAAUCUAAACUAAACCCUAAUCCUUACGACCUUACUCGAAAGUCUAAAAAAUAGUUAACUGUUCCUAAAUUGUGACUCGUAUGAAAAUUUUGGAUUAGAUAAUGCUUGUUGUCUGAAGGAUUUUCAGGUACAUGUUGAAUACACAGUACAUCAGUCAUCAGUGUGGAAAAUACUUGAAACAGUUCUGUUCUGAGCAAAUGCCUUCAAGGGUUUCGCAUACAUACAAUUUUGAUGUGAUUUGACACAGACAAUUUACUCAUAGUGACAUAGUCACUGUGACUAUUGUUGAAAAUGUGACAAACGAGGAAGGUUUUAUAAAACAAGGUGUCUGUUCAGGCACUGACCAAAGGAGUGUGUUGUCAUGGUAUGAAUAUAAUCAUGCUGUCAGUUUCUAAAUCAAUAGAAAGUUGCAAUUUACCAGUUAAAUUUUCCUACUGAUGUACAGUAUUAAUUUUUUUCACAAUUACAACAUUUGUUUAGAAUUAAAUAUCAAUAAAAUAUUUAAAAAAUAAAAAUGUAUAUAUUUAAAUAAAAGAUGCGUAAAAACACAUCGCUUGUGCUCCGUUAAAACGACUUUUCCCAUUAGAGUACACCUUCCAUUUUGAUGAGUUCAUCCUGCUUACCAGACUUACAGUAACACUAUUGCUUAAAGUGGUUUAUAUAUUAUUUUGCAGGUCCGGAUAUGGCGAACGUAGACAAUUUGUCUGGUGUAAAUUAUGUCACUAAUGGCGUAAAUGGUCUUGUAAUACCAGAGAAUGCACCUGAGAAAAAUGAAGAUAUUUUCCCCGAAGGAGUAAACAUUCUGCAACUUCCAGAUACAAAUCACUUGGAAAAGAAAGAUGUCCGUGUUGUAAAAACAUCGCGUAAGAAGAAAGUGCGACCACCUCGUGAAGACUUCCAGACAUUUGAUCGUAUGUAUGCAUUAAGUGAAGACUACCUUGGCAGUGGUUCUUACUCCCAUGUGUUUGUAUGCAAGAGAAUAACGACUGGUAAAAAAUAUGCAGCUAAAAUUAUCGAUAACGAUCACGCCAUACCUCGAGAUAGAGUCAUAAACGAAGUUGAUCUCCAUCAUUUAUGUCGAAAACAAAACAAUAUUUUAAGCUUGGUACAUUUCUUUGAAGAAAGUUCAAGGUACAUAUUUGUGUACCCUGUUAUGAAGGGUGGAUCUUUACUCAGACAUAUUGAAAGAAAGGUGCUGUUCACGGAGUCUAAAGCCAGAGAAGUGGUGAAAGAUUUAAGUACGGGAUUAAGUUUUCUGCACAAACAUGGUGUUGCACAUCGAGAUUUGAAACCUGACAAUAUCCUGUGUGAUAAUGAAGAAACCAUCACUCCAGUUAAGAUCUGUGAUUUUGACCUUGCUAGUGGCAUUGGAUCAUGGACAAAACCUGUAUCGACCCCAGUUCUCCAAACCCCAGUCGGUUCAGCGGAGUACAUGGCACCGGAAGUGGUAGAAGCAUUCGUUAACGAAGAUGAAGCGACAUGUUACGAUAAACGUUGUGAUCUCUGGAGUUUAGGAGUGAUACUGUACAUCAUGUUAUCAGGUCAUCCACCAUUUUACGGCAAUUGUGGUGAAGAUUGUGGUUGGGAUAGCAAUGAAGCAUGCGAUGAAUGUCAGGACAUGUUACUGAACAGCAUCCAAGGAGGUCGUUAUAAACUGUCAGGUGCUGAGUGGAGCCACGUCUCUCGUGAGGCUAAGGAUCUUAUCUCACACCUACUAGUCCGUGAUGCAUCACGACGCUAUUCAGCAGAUACAGUACUCAAUUGUGCAUGGAUUACACAGGAAGGUUCCAAACAUGACCCCAGUGGAACACCAGUUCAAUCGCCACGUGUUAAUUUUGAUGUAUCAUCUUUCCUAGACGAAGCAAAUGCAGCCAGUCGUACGUUAGCUGAACAUGCGAACCUUGCCAGUAAAAGCGACAAAACUGGAUUGUUUGGUACCUUUGGUUUGUCUCCACCUGGCAAUUCAUCCUUGGCAAAACGUCGAGCUUGCAAGUCAAAUAUAAAAUAUUGAUGCCCCUGUUCUACCAAACAUACUUUUUACUAGAAUUGUUGUGUAUAUUUGUUAUGACGGAUUAACUUAACCUGCGGGUGAGCCUGCACUCGUUCUUUGUAAGAAAGACAUACAACUUUGAGUUUUAGUACUUUUUUUAAACUUUCUUUAUAUCGAUAUGCAUUGUUUAAUUAAUAGCCUACGUACAGACCGUUACCACUACUCUAAUUGAAAACAAUCUACCAUGUGAAUUCAUAGAAACAGAACUAAUCAGCUAAGUACUGUAGCUAACGGAUAUUUUUGAUAUGCAUUGAGUUGCCAUUGUCACUAAACUGUAAUGUUGCCAUUGUCACUAAACUGUAAUCACCUAACGAAUGUGUAUGCCUGUUGCCACCUAAUCCAUAUUUCAGCUAACUCACACGCCCAGAUACCAUUGUUCUGAUAAUUUAGCGUAAAAUAGAAUGGAUAUAAUAAGCAACAUUUAAAUAUAAGGGAGUGAAUUGGGUGUCAACGGGCAUAAACAAUUUCUCGAUAAAGCCAUAAGUGAAAGAGACCUCAAUAUAUUUUAAUAUCUAAAUACUAUUACAUCUAAUGUUUUAAAUAAAACCACUCCUCUUACUUCACACUACUGUCCAAUUAUAAAUGUUCGUCUGGAAUAUGACAGCAUGGAUUUUUUUCAUAAAAUAUUUUACCUAUGUUAAUGUAUUUAUACCAAUAUCGACGAUAUAUUUUUAUCUAUGUUCGGUAAUAUUUUCUCAGGGCCGUAUCCAUACAUAGGAUCUAGCAACAUGCAGGAAGCUCAUAAUUAGAAAAUACAGUAGCUUAAACUUUAAAGGCAGUUUCUACAAAGUUACAAUGUUAAGUGUAAAUACAGAUUCGAACAGCUGCCACGCUUUUUGAGCUUUAAUUUUUUCGACCACAAAUCAACCACGACAGCUUAUUGUAUAAUACGACGUACACUUGAUCCGCCAUACACUCACUCCAUGUAGCCUUUUUACUAUUCAAUAUUUAACAAUUAUUGAAUGAGAUUGAGCACGAUAUGAAGAAUUAUCAAGUCCGAAGUUUGCCGUUAUCAACCGAAGCCGAAGGCUGAUAACGGCAAACUGAGGGCUUGGUAAUUCUUCAUAUUGUGCGAAAACCGAAUUCAAUAAUUGUUUUAUUAUUUAUUUAAAAAAUUCAAAACAAACAUUUGUAUUUUAUUUGUAUUAAGAAAAAAACAAUUCCUUAGUUCUUCGGCAGCCGUCGUUGCGUCAUAUCAAUGGCGUCAGCGAGUCAAUAUGAUUCUCGUCGUCAUAGUAAUAUGGCGCAAGCGCGUCCAAAUUUUUUUCAUAUUGACUUUUUGACGUCAUUUUGCUAAUAUGAAUGAGAAAAAUCCGUAUUUGGUUAGCCAUUGAGUUGAUAUGACAAUUUCACAGUUGGCUGUUAGCCAAUCAGAAACCAGGAUUUUUUUAAAUAAAUAAUAAUAGUUAUUCAAAAUUCUCAAGUAGACAGUUUACUAUUUCGACAUAAAUGCUUGCAGUCCAGUAAUUGCUCGACCAAGAAUCAAUGCAUGAACGUCAUGAGUUCCU